CAGCUCCAGUUUCGAAGAGAAAUGUUAGACGAAGCAGUGCACCGCACGAGAAGGCUUCGAAGCGAGGCAGUGGAGCGCAAGAAUGAGAAGAAGAGCCCUACGCAAAGCUUUCGGGAAGGGGACUUAGUAUUAGUCUGGGACGCGAUUAAGCAGAUCGACAUGAGCUCAAGCCGAAAGCUUGACGAUAGGUGGUUAGGACCUUACCGAGUGCGAGAUGCCCGACCUGACAAGGGAUACUAUCGAUUAGAAGACUUGAAUGGCGUUCCAUUCCCAAGUACUACGAGAGCCGAUCGGAUGAAGGCAUUCCAAAAGAUGCCAAGUACGACCGCUGAUAAUAUUCUAAAAGGGAGACUAAAAAUGUAUCCCAUUAGCGAUAGUCUAAUAAUGGUUAGACCUGUAAGUCGAGAGACUAUUAGGGAAGACUAG